AUAACAGUCCCCGUUUCAAAAUCAUUCAUUGAAUUUCUGAAAGUUCAGCCAAUUACUUUCAAAAUAUUCGGCCACUAUCAACGACAUCCUUUGCAUAACAUUGCAAAACAAGAUUUUCAAACACGACCACCACCACGACGUAUGUUACCGCCAAGCAUUCCGAUUAGUCAACCGGUUCGCAGUCCUAAAUUUGGCCCAUUACCUUGUCCAUCGUCAUUAUCAUCAACUGUGCUUGCGAAACAUGAUAUUUUAGUUUGGUUCGAGAUCUGUGAAUUAGCUCCAAGUGGUGAAUAUGUACCAUCAGUAGUUGAACACAGUGAUGACCUGCCUUGUCGUGGUUUGUUUCUGCUUCAUCAAGGGAUUCAGCGACGUAUUCGUCUAACAAUAGUGCAUGAAGCAACACAAGAGGUCAAGUGGAAGGACAUAAGGGAGCUAGUUGUUGGUCGAAUUCGAAAUACACCUGAGCCCGCAGACGAGUUAGAUGAUGACUCGUGUGUUUUAUCUUUGGGUCUUUUUCCGGGAGAAAAUCUUGAAGCACCUGGUGACGAUCG